AUGGGAAAUCUACUUUCUUUCAUCUUCCCGCCAAAGAGCCGAUUCAGUUUCGACGACAUCCCAGACCAAAGUGGCCGAAUCGCAAUCAUCACCGGUGGCAACUCGGGUAUCGGCAUGGUCGCAUGCAAGGUCCUCCUCUCUAAGGGUGCCAAGGUGUAUAUGGCAUCCCGAUCCAAGGAGCGUGCCCUACCUGCAAUCAACCAACUGAAGCAGGCGACCGGCAAGACCGAUAUUCAUCUUCUAGAGCUGGAUCUUGCCGAUCUCCAGAGUGUCCGGCGAGCAGCGGAGGAGUUCACGCGAAAGGAGAAUAGGCUUCAUAUGUUGUUUAAUAACGGAGGGGUGAUGACUCCCCCGAUCGAGCAGCUCACGAAACAGGGAUACGAUCUCCAGUUCGGGGCGACAGUGCUCGGACAUGCAUAUUUGACGAAGCUGCUUCUUCCUGUCCUCCUCUCGACGGCUGAAGAAGCACCAGGAAAGGUCCGGGUGGUGCAUACCAGUUCUUGCGGACAUGCAAACGCUGUCGAGGGCGGUAUUGAUAUCAAGACGCUGACCGAUGGUCCAGCUCGCACGAAAGCCGGCACGUGGCAGAUGUACUUCCAAUCCAAAUGGGGUAAUGCAGCGUAUUCGAGUGAGCUAGCAGGACGCUACGGCAGCCAAGGUCUUGUGUCUAUCGCGUUCGACCCGGGAAACAUCCGUACCUCUCUGCAUAAGAACAUGCCCAAGUUAGGAUAUUAUAUACUGAACACGAUCCUGUUGUACGACUUGGAGCCGUACGGUGGACUCCAGAUCUUGUAUGCGGGGACGAUGCCUCAGGCAGGGAAAUUGAACGGGUGUUACCUGGUGCCUUGGGCGAGGAUAGGGAAUGUCAAACCGGAUACGCGGGACCCGAGCUUGGGUGCAAGGCUUUGGCAGUGGUGCGAGGAGGAGAUCGCCAAGUUUGAGCAGGCGAGGAGGUUGUAG